GGGAGCGAGCUGCAAAGGCAAAACACUGCAUAGGAAAACCGCCCACCGCGAAGUCUGCGCUGAUACUGUAGUGACUGGCGAACAAAGGCUGUUCCUGUGGCCAAAUGGUCCUCUCAGGCCCCGAGGAUAAAACGGCACCGACCGCUCCUCAUGUCUCUCAUGUCCAACAACAGAUCAGGCGGUUUUCACGACUCGAAACGAUCAAUAAAUAGACCCCUGGACGUCACCACCCCACCGUGAUAAAAUCGCUCUGUGGCUGCACCGCCCGUCUCCACAGGCGUCCACGAGCCUGCCAAAGGUUACGUCAGGCCACCGCACGCGGUAGAAAAGUCGGCCCAGGCAGCGACCCUGCAUGACCUCACUGCACCUCAGUCAGGCCCUUGAUCUGACCGCGUCGCCCAUCAUUUGCGACCUGCAGCGCAUGUGGCCACGCGCGCCCUCGUUCAUUGCUAGUUGUGUCUCUCGCCGCGGCGCAUUGCUGCCGAUCGCAUAAGCGCGGUCGCCGCGCCACGACUCGAGGAGCAACGGGCGAGUCGCUCACAUAAAGCCCUGACGAGCGAGCACCUCCCGCCUCUCCAUGCGCGCCGUUGAGUUGGCCUCGCGACCGACACCUCACAUUCCGCUUACACGAUGGCUCGCGAUGCCUUGGUGCCCUUGCGGCUGCUCGCGGUCCUGAGCGGCUGCAUCCAGGGCGUGCUCGCGUCGCCAACACCUCCCGAAUACGACGCUCUGCAACGCGUGCUGCAGCCGGCGCGCCAUCCCGAAGCGCAACCGCACCAGCAGCGCAAGCUGAACGGCCGCUUCUUACACAUCACUGAUUUGCAUCCCGACGACUUUUACAAGGCCCACACCUCGUCCGAGGAGGGCAUUGCGUGCCACCGCGGUAAAGGUAUGGCCGGCAUGUAUGGCGCGGAGAUGACGGAUUGCGACUCGCCGUUUUCCCUCGUCAAUGCCACCUUUGACUGGAUCGAGGCCAACAUUCGAGACGACAUCGACUUCGUCGUGUGGACCGGCGACUCGGCCCGCCACGACAGUGACGAGAAGCAUCCGCGCACCGCCGAGCAGGUUCUCGACUCUAACCGCCGCGUCGCCGACAAGUUUGUCGAGGCCUUCACCUUACCCCACGACGGCAGGCUCGCCAUCCCCGUCAUUCCCACCUUCGGCAACAAUGACUUCCUCCCCCACAACAUCAUGGAGGCAGGGCCCAACAAGUGGUUCCAUGCCUACAGUGACAUUUGGAGCCGCUUCGUUCCCGAGGAGCAGCGCCACUCGUUUGGCUUUGGCGGUUGGUUCUACGUCGAGGUCAUCCCCGGCAAGCUGGCUGUCUUUAGCCUCAACACCAUGUUCUUCUUUGACCGCAAUGCCGCCGUCGACGGCUGUGCGAACCCCUCGGAGCCGGGCUUCAAGCAUAUGGAGUGGCUGCGUAUUCAGCUGCAGCACCUGCGCGACAUGGGUAUGAAGGCCAUCCUCAUCGGCCACGUACCCCCGGCCCGCACCGACAGCAAGCAGAAUUGGGAUGAGACGUGCUGGCAGCGGUACACACUAUGGCUAAGGCAGUAUCGCGACGUCGUAACCGCGUCUCUGUUUGGGCACAUGAACAUUGACCACUUUCUGCUUAGCGACACCAAAAAGAUUGACCUGACGAUUGAAACGGAAAGCGCAGCCGACCGCGAACACAUGGACGAGGGGUUCUCUGUUGAGUCCAAGAGCGAUUACCUUUUGGAGUUGCGUGAUGAGUGGUCGGGUCUCCCCGGCUCGGCGAUUGAGGUUCAAGAAGACAACGGCGAUGACGGCGAUGACGCAUCCGCAGACAAGAAGGGGAAGAAGAAAAAGAAGAAGUUCAAGAAGAUUGGGGGCAAGUAUGCCGAAAGGUAUCAGCUAUCAUUUGUCAGCCCGAGCGUGGUGCCCAACUUUUUUCCGACUCUUCGGGUUUAUGAGUACAAUAUUACAGGGUUGGGUGAAGCAGCAUUGUGGCAGGACUCGUUCGUUGAGAACACACAACGGACAUCUCCUCAACCGUGGAAUGAGAAGGAUUGGGAUGAGGAGACACACAAUGAGCUCAGGCGAAGUAUCGAGGCGGAGCGAAAGAAGCACAAGAAGAAGGAGGGCAAGAAGGGCAAGAAGAAGCCCAAGAAGGACCCCAACCUCAUCGUCCCCGAGGACCCACCAAAGGGCUCGUUGCCCGGACCGGCGUACUACCCGCAAGCGCUCACCCUGACGGGCUACACGCAAUACUUUGCCAACCUAACGUACAUCAACAACGACAUCCAGGACGCGGACGUGGACGGGCUGAAGUGGCGGGGCGGCAAUCCCGACGGCAGAACCCCCAAGCACUCGCCGCCGAAGCCGAACAAGUUCAAGUACGAGGUCGAGUACAGCACGUUUGACGACAAGAUCUACAAGCUCAAGGACCUGACGGUCAAGAGCUACCUCGGGCUCGCGUACCGCAUGGGCCAGAAAAAGACCAACUCGGCUGGUGUCCUCGCCGAUGACUUGAAGGAGGCGGAUACAGAGGUUGGCGCUGACGGCAAGGGCAAGAAGAAGAAGAAGAAGAAGGAUCGCGAGAGGAAUAAGGCAUGGCUACAUUUCUUGGGACACGCGUUCGUCAAGACGGUGCCUAAGGAUGAGUUGGAGAAGAUGUAGACGUCGCAGUCAUGGUUAGAGAUUGCAUUAUGAGCAAGCGAGGCGUUUGGGCGUGUCGAUACGGCACGGCAUUGGUAUCCGGAGGAUAUGAUGUUUUUUUGGACGUAAGAUUUGCGCAUUGCGGACAACAUAUGCAGCAUUUGGCUUCAUCUUGAGGUAUAAACAACAGUCUUUAGAUGUGAAUCUCAAGCAGCGUUUGCCAAGACUCGAGCUCCAAGCCAUGCAGCAUGAGCAGCAGGUGGACGAAGAUACACAACGGCACGAUAGCGAAG